AUGACAGGCGAUCACAGGGGCUUCCUCGUGCCCGACAGAUACGUCGACGACCUUCCCAAUGACACCGACAUGAACAUCGCCUCCAUCGCCUGGGGUUUAUCCCUAGGCAUUACGGUUUUCAACGUCGCAAAGGCCGUUCGACAGACUCAAUCAUCGUGGCAGCGUAGAAAGAAGAUUACUAGUUAUGUCGCUCUUCUUUGGGCUGAGAUUAUCUCGAGUUUUUUGCUGGGUAUUAUGUGUUGGUUUUAUCUGAGGGGGAAUAUCGAGCCUAGCAUGCAGUUUUUCUUCUUCAUUAUUGUCUGGUGGUCUACCCAAGUCCAAUGUCUCAUCCAAAUCAUCAUCAACCGAGUUUCCUUAUUAAUGGUCGUCCGAUCCAACGGUACAAAGCUCAAAUGGCUCUGCUUCCUCAUCCUGUUCGCCAUCAACAUCAGCGUUUUCUGCAUCUGGGUACCCGCUCGACUUCAGAUUAGCGACAAGUAUGUUCAUCUCAACGAGAUCUGGGAUCGAUGCGAAAAGGUCAUCUUUGCUCUUAUGGACGCUGUCCUCAACUUUUAUUUCAUCUACAUCGUCAAGCAGCGCCUUGUCGCCAACGGUCUUCAGAAGUAUACUCGUCUUUAUCAGAUGAAUAUGUUCCUGUGUGGUAUUUCUAUUGCUCUGGAUAUUUUGCUUAUUUGCAUGAUGUCUCUUCCUAACGGUUUUGUUUACAUUCAAUUCCAUCCCCUCGUCUACCUCCUCAAACUCCACAUCGAAAUGAACAUGGCCGAUCUGAUCGGUAAGGUCGUCCGAGCCGGUAACAACGAUCCCCGCAACGGCGGAAACGACUACAGCUCCCGAUCCCGAACAACCGGUGCCUCUCGCGCUCACGGACGCUUCGGUAACACUCUUGCCAGCGCACAUCACCGAACGCACAUCGAACUUGGCGAGGAUGACGACUACGAGCUUAAGGAGCGUGAGAAGAUUGAAGGUAUCAAGAAGACCGUCGUCACCAAGAUUGUGCAUACGGGCGAGCCGAAGCAGAUGGAUGAUAGUGAUUCCACGGUUGAGGAUCAUAACAAUGAUGUCGCUACUAGUGAAGCUAGCUCGACCAAGCAUCUUCAUCAGCGCAAGUAUAGCGUUGUCUAG